GCUGUCAAUCAAUCCCAUUGCAUUUAAUUUAUUAAAUUAAAAACAAUCAUGCUUAUAUUUUUUGCCAUACUUGUGUAAAUUAUUAAAUAAGGUUACUACCAAGUGUAAAAUGUCGUUUGAUAUAUCUUGGAGCGUAGACAAAUAUAAAGAAGACCACGAAAGCGAAGAUCAUUGGAAUCUUCGGAAAGCUUUUAUGGAGCGUUGGAAAAAUGAUUAUCCUGAAGAAAGAUUGGUUUGUUUGGGUCGAGUGUUUGCUAACAUGGAAUUUAUGGGAUGUAGAUAUCCAGCAGAAGUAAUGUUAGAAGUUUCUAGACUAGCUACAGAUGUUGCUACCAACUAUCGGAAAUCAAGACAAAAUAAGUUGAAAAGAACGUUUGUGUCAGCUUCUACGGCUGCAGAAGACAGAGCCCGAGGUAUUAAACGUACAGGAGGAGUAAUUGAUGAUGGGCCAUCAACAAAAUCAACAAAAAUAAAUUUUGUACCACAAGGUGAAGGCAAUUCUAAAGAAACUGACUCAGAGGAUGAAGCUCAGACAGUAAACGAACAAGAUGAUGACAAAAGCAAACAUCAAAAUGACAAAAAAAGCUCAGAGAUCAAUGAUUCCAAUGACUACCUUAAGGACAUGUCCAGUAUGCAGUGCUUGGAUGUUACAAAAUUCCAUGAAGAUAUGUUUUACACUGAUUUUGGUAAAAUGGUGUUGCUAAUUAGACCUUGGACAAGUAAAUUAUCUAAUAUACAAGCUAGCUGUGGUGUGUGCCAUGUGGAUAUGGUAAGCAGUUAUAAAAACAAUUGCUUCACAUUGACAAUGAAUGGCAAUCUUGUGGCACAAGCUACCGGGCCUUCUAAGGCUGAAGCUAGGAGUAUUGUGGCAAUGAUAGCAUGGAAUAGGUUGAGGGAAAGUGUGGUGAGUGUGGUGGUGAAGGAGCAGUGGAUAGCGCAGGGGGAGCGCGUGUCGCUGAGCGACGUGGGGGUUCGCCAGGCAAGUGAGGCCGUCUUCGGCACGCCUAUCGCAAAUAGCGUCGCUACUAAGAUGAUGAAGAUGAUGGGUUGGAAGGGCGGCGGACUGGGAGCCGACGCCCAGGGUAUUGAGGAACCAAUUAAACCCAACUUACAAAUGGUGAACCGUGCUGGUCUCGGCAGCGAUAGUAGGGAUGUCCGUCAGUUGCGACGCGCGGCGCAGGAUCUGAUGCGACGUUACAUUGCCUCCGAUACUUUCGACCUGGACCUGGUGUUCAGCAGUGAGUUUAGCAAAGAGGAACGCGCUGCGCUUCACCUCUGCGCACAGAAAGCAGGCCUCGCUUCUAAGAGUUAUGGUCUAGAUAAAGAUAAUGAAAGAUUCCUAGUUGUACGAAAGAAGUUGGACCCAUUUUCCUUAGUGCGUGCGGUAGUUCAAAAAGGCGGCGUCACACCGAAAUAUCAAGUUUUUAUACCUAUCGGGCUUGAUAGACGAAGAAAAAGAUAAAAUACACAUAGUGUGUAAUUAUUAUUAAAAAACAAAUAAAAAUAAGUAAAUCUAUUAAAAUA